AUGUACAAGGUUAUCAUUUGCUUAUUACUGCUUACUCCUAGAAUUGCUAAUGCUUUUAAAAUUGGCAUAGGAGGGAAAAAUCGUGGUUCAAGCGCUGCAAGAUUAAAUCCAUCUCGACCAAACACUCAUUCAUCAGCUGGAGGUUAUCACCAACCUCAAGGUGCUUAUCAUCCACAGCAAAGUGGUUAUUAUCCACAACAGGGUGGUUAUCCACAACAAGGUGGUUAUCGCCCGCAGCAAAAUGGAUACCACCAAACAGCACCCGGAGGUUAUCAUCCCAGUCAAAUUGGUGGUUAUCAUCAGCAAAGUGGUUUUGCUCCCAACCAAAUGAAGCCGUCCGGUAAAGGAACAUUUGGGAAAGCAGCAAUUCUCCGUUCUGGUUCUGAACCUCUGAGAGCAUCAAAUGGUCAAAAUUAUUAUUUUGAUGAGCGGAAUCAUCAGUACAAGAAUGGCUAUUUCAUGUGUUCAGUGCCAAUCGAUGAUGUGUUAAAGACAUUACAGGGAAGUUCAACUGUAGUGGCUGCUGCUGAUGAGUCCACAAAUUCAACCGCUAUAUCACCAGAGCAGUUCUUCAAAACAGUGCACUUCAAAGAUGGUUCAAGGCCGAAGUCACUGACCUGGAAUUGUAAGUCUGAUGCUGAGAUAUGUUGUGAUACCGAUUGUUGUCCAGUACAGCAGCUAAGUGGUGGUAAUUUCUCUGAUCAUAAAAGACCAUCAUGGGUUUUUUUCAUUAGUGUCUUGGUAUUACUGAUGCUGUCCUGCUAUUAUUAA